CUUAUAUUUGGGAAACGGAGACCUGGAUUCAUUCAUUCAUUCUAUCUAUCUCCGGCUCCCCUUUCCCCUCCUUCCUUCCUUCCUUCCUAAUCCUAAUCCUAGCUAGCUAGCUAGGGUUCCCCGCCGCCGCCGCCGCCGCCGGCCAACGAGAUCCAGCCAGCGAGAUCCGACCGAGCGACGCCUGCAGGCAGAGGAUUAGGAAGAUCGACGCCGCCGGAACCCGUCUCUGCCUCCGCUGGUUCAGGUUCAGGUUCAGCCAGGAGACAGACAGAGCCAUGUCGCACUCCAACCAAGUAAGGUACACCGCGCGCUCCAUCACUCCCCCGGCCGACAGGGACAGCGGCUCCAAGUCGCCCCCUCCCAGGAGGCGCGCCGCUUCCAAGUCGCCACCCCUGCCCCCUCCUCCCCCUUUUCCUCCCAAGGGGGUGCGCACCAUCUCCAGGUCGCCACCACCUAGUAGUACAAGACGCAGCGUCUCGAGGUCCCCUCCGCCAAAGAGGCGUGGGAGGUCCAGGUCAAGGUCCAGGUCCAGGUCCAGGAACAGGAGCCGCUCCAGGAGCAGAGAUAAAGACGAUGUGAGGAAUCCUGGCAACAACCUCUAUGUCACUGGACUGUCCACACGGACGCAGGAAACUGACCUGGAGAAGUUCUUCAGUAAAGAGGGCAAGGUUAAAGACUGCCGUGUUGUUAUAGAUCCUCGUACCAAAGAGUCACGUGGCUUUGCGUUCGUGACCAUGGAGAAUGUUGAGGAUGCAAGGCGCUGCAUCAAGUAUCUGCACCGUACUGUCCUUGAAGGCCGCCUCAUCAGUGUGGCAAAGGCAAAGAGAACUCGUGAGAGGACCCCUACCCCUGGAGAAUACUGUGGUCCGAGAGGCGGGCGCUCCCGAGUGGAACCGCGGCGAAGCCGUUCUCCUCGCCGGUCCAGCAGGUCGUCGAGGGACCGCUCGAGGUCGCCCUCCACAAGGAGGGACAGGGACAGAGACAGCAGGGACAGGAAGCGCGACUGAAUGAAACAACAAAAUGAUAUCGCCUAAAGGGAGUUGUCGAGUAUGAAUGUGUCUUGGAUUGUUUGCUUGUUGCUGAAGGACUAUGUAUGCACCUUGGUCUGUAUUUCUCCUGGAGGCUGGCUGUGGCUGGAGAUAACAAGCUGAUUUGUCUGUCUGUUUUAUCAGAGGAUUUCCCUAGCAUUUUCUUAGGUCUGGUAGAGAUGUAUUUCGUGUUUUUACGGAUUCUCGCUAUUGAAACGUCGUAUGCGUCUAUUUGGGACUUGUCUUGGCUGGAUGCUAACAAUAUUAUUAUUAUUAUGUCUGCAAUGGCGCCCAAAAAUUUGAAUUUGUGUC